UUGUGUUGUAGUAUAUGCAUGUACCAACACUUUCACACAACCUUAUAAGCAAUAAGAGAAGCAAAAUACUACAGCAAUAGAACUCACUAAAACCAAACAUGGCAGCAAUGAGUGGCAUGGAUGAAAUGAGACCGGAACUUGAUCUUCCGGGAUUUCGUUUCCACCCAACUGAGGAAGAGCUUCUUGAUUUCUACCUCAAAAACAUGGUAUAUGGAAAGAGAAUGCAUUAUGAUAUAAUUGGCUUUCUCAACAUAUAUCAUCAUGAUCCUUGGGACUUGCCAAGAUUGGCAAAGAUUGGUGAAAGAGAAUGGUACUUUUUUGUGCCAAGAGACAGGAAGCAUGGUAGUGGUGGAAGGCCUAACAGGACCACUGAAAAUGGGUUUUGGAAAGCCACAGGUUCUGAUAGGAAAAUUGUUAGCUUAUCUGACCCAAAGAGGAUUAUAGGCUUAAGAAAGACCCUUGUUUUCUACAAGGGAAGAGCACCAAGAGGAAGCAAGACUGAUUGGGUAAUGAACGAGUAUCGUCUGCCUGAUUCAUGCCCUUUACCUAAGGACAUCGUACUGUGCAAGAUAUAUAGGAAGGCAACUUCCUUGAAAGUCCUAGAGCAAAGGGCAGCAAUGGAAGAAGAGAUGAAGUUUCAUGCUUCUCCUUCACCACCACCAGCAUCAUCACUUGAGACCAUCUCAUUUUGCACUCCACAGGAGGAUCAAUUAAUGGCAAUAACACCUGUACAGAAUGUUGUAUUCAAGAAAGAAGUAGAAGAUGUGCUAGCAAAAGAAGAGAAAAAGGAUGAUAGACCAUUGGAAAACAAAGUAUCUCCCACAUCACUGCAAUUCCCAUUAGGGAAGGAAAAGUUGCCAGAGCUUCAAGUUCCAAAACUGGCCAUGGACUGGAACCAAGACCCGUUUUGGACUCAAUUAAACAGUCCUUGGCUUCAAAAUUUGACCCCUUAUGCCAACAUUCUGAAUUUCUAAUUGCUUUCAAUUUAUUAUGCAUAGGAUACAAUAAACUUUAGGUGUUGUAGAUAAAUUUUGUGUAAAGUCUAUAAGACUUUAUAUGUGCCACCCUCUAGCUACUUGGUUAAGAAAACACCCGCUUCAGUUUUACUUGGGUUGUUGGCCAUAACUUAAUUGUUAUUGCUCUCGUGAAAGAACAGUUGCUACUUUUAGUGAUUGGCUUCCUUGAUCGUUUAUCAAGAAGUUUGGUUAUGGCAUAAUAAUCUCAUGAUCAUGAAAAUUAUUUGCUUUAUCGACUGACAUAUUUAAGUGUUGAGGAUGGGGAAAAUAUCAUGGAUUCUGCUAAAGAAAGAGUUUGGUAAAAAGGGCUUUCUCCUUGAAGAAUCUUGUGUUGGAGAGUUACCUUGAUACCUACUUUACUGUUGCAUUGAAGAACUACUUUUUGUGUUUGUUAAUUGUUAUUGCAGAGAAAGCUUUGGUGAACUUUUUAUUGUAAAUUAGAAUCUUUAAUGUAUUAAUAAGAAAAAGAAAAAAAGAGAGAGAGACAUUUGUAUGCUUGUGAGGAAAAGCUUUUCAUAUUA